AUACACAACCGAACAGCAACUUCCCUGAACCGGAAGCAAUCGUUGAAAUCAUCACACUCCCAACAUGGCGAUCAAUCUCUCGGACCUAACUCUGCCUCAGCUUGAGGGACUAAAGAGCCAAUUAGAUCAGGAGAUCGAGUUCCUGACUUCCUCAAUAAGCCAGCUCAAAGUUGUCCAAGCCAAAUUUGCUGACGCAAAAGAUAAUUUGAAUUCGCUUAACAAAAGCAAUCAAGGCAAAGAAUUACUUGUCCCACUAACAAGUUCUAUGUAUGUGCCUGGAACAUUAAAUGAUGUGGAGCAUGUUUUAGUGGAUGUAGGGACAGGAUAUUAUGUUGAAAAGAACGUAGCAGAUUCAAAGGCAUUCUUCAAACGUAAACUAGACUUCCUGACAAAGCAAAUAGAAAAAAUUCAGCCCGCCCUUCAGGAAAAACAUGCCAUGAAACAAGCUGUGAUUGAAGUCAUGAACAUGAAGAUCCAACAGCUACAACAGAGUAAACAGACUUCCAGCACUAAGGCUUAAUUUGGCAACACUUAAAUGAAUGCUGUGCUGUGUGUAAAAAAAGAACUGCAAAAUGUCCUGCACUAUGGAGUCUUCUUGCAUAAUUUGGAAAUAAAGAAGCAGUGAAUCUUAUUAGGUGUUAUCGCAGCAAGCAUGUUUUCAGAAAGUUCCCCUUUGAAGCGCUGCAAAUAGAAUGUAAUGUCCCAUCCGACAGGUGGGUUUAAAAAAAUUAAAUGUGGCCCUCAAUCACAAAAUCUUGUCUACCCUUGUCAAAUACAAUUGUUUG